AUGAAAUGGAUGAUCUGCCAAGUGCGCGUAAGUUAUAAUUCUUUAAUAGCUAACCGAUCAGCUGCUCCGCGGGACAACUCAGCAGGAUUUACGGAUGGAGCUGCGCCGUCUAUUCGUGCUAUGGGGCGCUCCCGUUUUGACGGUGCCCCACCGCCAUUGCGUGAAGAGCCGCCUCUUCCCACACAGCCUCCAUUUACUGCAUUUGUGGUCAAUCUGUCGUUCGAAAGCGAUGAAGCCGCAGUGCGCGCAUUCUUUGAACCUAUGAAUCCCAUCAGUGUUCGUCUCGUAAGUGGCCAUGACGGUCGUCCACGUGGCUACGGAUACGUUGAAUUUCAAACUCUUGACGAGCUAAAAGAUGCUCUCACAUUCACAGGAAAGCCUUUGGAUAAUCGAAACGUUCGUGUGAGUGUUGCAGAGCCUUCAUCGCGCGCUGCAAGGAGUGCAGCGGCUGAUGAUGCUACCCAAUGGCGCCGCUCAACCCCUCUUCCCUCGUCCGACACUAGACGUGGUCCUUUCGGCGGGUUUGACGGACCAUCUGGCUUUGACAACAUGUCAAUCUCAUCUGAUGGCGCACGUACUGGAUUUGGUGGCAAGUUCGCACCCAGCAAUGACAUGCCUCGUCGUCGUGGUCCAAUGGAGCCUAUUGAACCUAGUGCAGGUGAUGUAGCAUCAGAUUGGCGAACUGGGAAACCAGUAACGAGCAAGUCAUCUCGGUUUGGGUUUGGCGAUCACGAAGGCGGUGCGGCUAGCCGUGGUGGCUUCGGUCAACGUUAUGAUGAUGCUGACUUUUCCGCCUGGCGCUCAAAGAAGCCGUCGGCAGAUGGAGGAGCUGCUCCACUGCCGGAGCGCCGGAAGCUGGAGCUCAAGCCUCGUAGCGCAGCUGCUUCAAAUGAAGCUUCUCAGAGCACCUCGUCAAAACCAAACCCGUUCGGUGCUGCCAAGCCUGUCGAUGUCAAUGAGCGCCAGCGCCAAAUUGACGAGAAGAUCCGAGAGCAAGAUCGUGUUCGGCGUGAAGAACUUAUGAAAGAAGAUGAGCGCAAGAAGAGCAAGGGCUUCUUUGGCAAGCCUCGUGCUUCUGAUGCUUGGUCAGAAAAUACUCCCGAUAAAAUAACAUCGGGAGAUGCUCAGUCUAAGAAUGAGGAGUCGGCUAGUUAA